AUGCGUCGCCCACCAGACGCCUACUACAGUUUUACGAUACCCUCGAUACAUGAUGACACGACACUCGACUGCCGCGUAUACCAUCCAGAUACCCUGACCAAGCCAAAGGACUCAGGCGAUGUUGUACAAUGGAGGAGACGGGGUAUUGUUAUGGCACAUCCGUAUGCGCCAAUGGGUGGUAGCUACGACGAUCGGGUUGUUGGCAUCGUAGUGGAGGAGUUCUUACAUGCUGGGUGGAUGGUGGGCACGUUUAACUUCAGAGGUGCUCACGGAUCUAAAGGACGUACCAGCUGGUCUGGAAGACCUGAACUAGACGACUACACAUCCUUCGCCUCGUUUUUCAUGCACUACAUAUCCUACCUUCGACCACGGCUUACCUCCGAUCUUAUCUUCGCGCCAGAUCAGCUUCCAAAAUUGUCGAACCAAAGCGCAUCAGUGCCGACGCAUGACAAUGAACCCCCCAUAGUCGUACUAGGAGGUUACUCGUACGGCUCCCUCAUCCUUAGACAUCUACCGCCUGUACCGACCAUACUACAACCCUUCUCAGCUCCAGUGGCGGGUACUGCGGCCGAUGAAAUAGUCCUGCGCGCUCGUAGAUUAGCGGACCAGAGCAACCUGGCGUGGAUCAACCUAGCUCGAGAUGAGACAAGAGCUAGGAGGAACAGCAGAGCAGGGAAUGAAGCGAGACCUUCAGUUACAUUGGGCGGAGAGGAAACUAGCCCAGAGAAACGUAGAAGUAGCCGAGACGUCCGAAGGAGUCUCGAAGGCGGUACCAUACGAACAAGGCUUCGGAGCCUUAGUCACAGAAGACGCGAAGGCCACGAACCGAUAUUGAGACCGGAAACGAAGAGCGCAACAGUCACAAUGCCAGACGUGCGUUAUCUUCUGGUUUCGCCACUGACACCGCCAAUCUCCACACUUGCCGCACCAGCCUUGAUACACAGGUUCUGGAGCAGGUCUAAGGACGACCAUCAAGAUGUGGUUGGCAAACACACAUCCCUAGCUAUCUAUGGUGACCAAGAUGCCUUUACCUCAGCGAAGAGGAUCCGCGACUGGUCAGAACAACUCAAGGCCGAGCCAGCAUCACGUUUCACCAGUGUUGAGGUCAUAGGCGCAGGGCACUUUUGGAUCGAAAGCGAUGUAGAAGUAACACUGAGAACUGCACUGAAGAACUGGGAAUCUACGAUACGAUAA